UUUGUAUUAUGCGGUCACAUUUAUCUCAGCAUUCGAAAAAAACGCGCAAAUAGAAGGGACGCCAAAAUAAAAUACAAUUUAAAAUCAAUAUUUUAUUAGAUUUUAUCGCAUUUUAUUCGAUACUCCAGUGCCAUGACGCUAUCUCGCACAAAACACGCCAACCGCAAUCACCUGCCGCACCUUCUGGCCAAGGUGCCUGAGGAGCAACAGGAGCCCAUAAAGAAUAUGUGUCUCAAGAUGAUGUCCCACGACGCCUACGGGAAGCCAUACGAAUGGAGUGCCCGCGACUUUGACAUGGGCGCUCACUUGGGUCGCGGAAAGUUCGGACGUGUUUACCUGGCGAGGGAGCGCCAUUCCCAUUACCUGGUGGCUAUGAAAGUCAUGUUCAAGGAAGAACUGCGCAAGGGCUGCGUGCAGCGACAAGUUCUUCGCGAGAUCGAGAUCCAAUCGCGUCUCAAGCACCCUCAUAUUCUUCGGCUACUCACCUGGUUCCACGACGAAAGCCGCAUCUAUCUGGCUUUGGAGAUCGCAUCGGAAGGCGAGUUGUUCAAGCACCUGCGCGGAGCACCCAAUCACCGAUUCGAUGAACCAAGAUCAGCGAAAUACACGUAUCAGGUGGCAAAUGCACUUAACUACUGUCAUUUGAACAACGUGAUCCAUCGAGAUCUAAAGCCAGAGAACAUCUUACUGACCAGCACAGACGAUCUGAAGCUGGCCGACUUCGGUUGGUCGGCGCACACGCCCAACAACAAGAGGAGGACACUGUGCGGUACAUUAGACUACCUUCCACCAGAGAUGGUGGACGGAAACUCCUAUGACGAUUCGGUGGACCAAUGGUGCCUGGGAAUCCUGUGCUACGAAUUCGUCGUCGGUUGUCCACCUUUCGAGUCGAACAGCACGGAGAGUACCUACAGCAAAAUCAGGCGCAUGGAGAUUUUUUAUCCACCGCAUUUGUCCAAGGGCUGCAAAGAGCUAAUUGGCGGGCUUCUUCGCAAGGAGAGCAAGGGACGGAUUACCCUGGUGGAAGUGAUGACGCAUUUUUGGGUCAAGGAGGGAAUGGCCGAAAGGGAACGACAGCUUCAGCUGAAGGAGCGCGGCAAGGAGAAUACAGCCAAGAAUUGAUCGGUUUAGAGUAUGGAUUUUUAACGACUUUUAUACAAUUUUACAAUUAUGUUAAAUAAACGGUUUAAGAAAUUUAA